AUGGGCAAGCGCCGCCUGGUGGACGGAGGGCCUGAUUCCCUGAGAUACUCCUUACGGGCCUUGGAGGGAGGAGAUUAUGAACCAUACGAAAGCUUUACCCAGGCCUUUCUUGCGGGUUUCAUCAGGAUUGCCUCGCCGUCGCGGUCCCAGCUUGGCCUGUUGUUCCAUUGCGUGCUGCAGACCGACAAGGACGGCAAUGGGAUCAACCCCGUCGAUGUUCCCGAUAGCGCGGACCACUUUCUCAGGGAUAUGCGGGAGAAAGGCAACGGCGGGGCUGCAACUUCGGGGGUCGAGGACGCGAGCGACGGUCCCACUAGGCUGGCAGUGUCGAUCCCUGCCGGUGUAAUGAUACAGCGGAUGCUCGACUCCCCCGGGUUCGUCGAGAAGCUGUUGGCCGUUACGUCUGGGCAUACGUUGUCGGAGACAGACAGGGUCAACGGAAGGGUGCCCGACGCUCAGGUCAUGAUUCCUACGCGGAGAACCAAUUGGGUUCGACAGGGUGCAGUGUACGGCGAUUUUGCCGCUUGUUCGUCCACCUGUGGAGUCGACUCGAUCAUGGUAGGGCAGGGCGACAAGGAAGACCGUGUGGUGGUGGGUAACACUGUAAUGGUGGUUGACGUGCCGGGACAGGCGGAGGGGGCCGAUGCACUGCCCUGCCGGCUCGAGUCGUUGGUCUGGAACAAGGAUUGCUACAUCGCCGGUGGUGGCAGCAACGACCGCAUCGUAGCACGCGUUCAGCGCUGUUUGCUGAACAGUGAUCUCUCCGCUGAGACGAAGGUAGAGGAGGAUGCCCCCAGCACCAAGACCGGCGUCCAAGCACCUUCCCUGGAGACCAGGAAAGCAGCGCGCCUCUUUUACGAUCGACGACGGACAGGAAACCAUUGGAACAAUGGCAAGGAGCGCAGAGUGUUCUUGACGUCGGCCCAUCUGUCCACGGACGCCUUCGACUUUCGCAACCAGGCCUCUGUAUCGCGGAGGGCAUCCUACUCCAUCAAAGCUACGCUGCUCAGCCCUUUCGCGUCGACCUCUCAAGCUUUUCGUCAGCCUGGGGCAUGGCUGUUGGUCGGCCUUUCAGCGCUUAGGGUGAGGUGGUAG